GUCUCCUCCACGCUGUGAACCACCCCUGAUAGAAACAAAUCAUGAUCUGCUGUUCGGCCCGUAAACGUAGACCUAAUCCGGUCAGUGUGUACAUCUAAAUAAAAACGGAGUAAACAUUAAAAACAUCUUAGCUGAUAGUUUGCCAUGAGAAUUAUUGAAGUCACGGUUUCAGUUUGCUGCCAAGCAAUGUUCUCUGUUGAUGUUCUGUCCAAUUCAUUACGAUCUUGUAUAAAGAAAAACCUGAUAUAUAUUUAAAAAAACUAAAAACAAAUAUGAAUUCCACAUUUAAAUAUUAACACAAAAAGAUACAAAGAGUUGUGUGCAAUGUUCCCUUUCAGCUGCGCAGCUGCGCGGCUUGCGAAGUUAUCGCACAAGCGCCGCGCAGCAGUUUUGAGUAUCCGCGCAGCAAAUUUCCGCAUGUAAGUGUGUGUUUGUGUUUAUGGGCUGCAAAAUUUUGCACACACAAAAUUUGAUGCUGUAAAACUUUAAACUUUACACACAACUGUGUGAUUUUGCACAGGAACCAACAAACCUUAGAGGGACCAUUGGUUGUGUGUUCUGAUAGAUAAAUAAAUAAAUGACAACACCAUUUAUUAAUAACAGAACGGAAAAUAUAGUUUUAUCUGCUACAGACAGAAAACUCAUGAUUUUUGUUUUUAUCUGAUGUAUAUUAAUAUAGGAUGUACGCAGUGAUGUGCUUUAUUGGAUGAUGUACGUCACGGUUUAAUGUUGUAAGAAUGAUGCCCGUCUCCUGUCCUGAAGUUUACUUACUGACGUCACUUCUCCUGUUAAUCUGUUUAAUUCAGACAAGUUUCUUUUACCCUUCUCCCCGCAACCACCCCCCGUUUAUUGGAACCAUUGCAGUCCAAAGAUGACCUCCGCCAGGCGCCACUGCAGGAGCCAUACGUCUCUGACUUAGGCAGACCACCGUCACCACGGAGAUACACCCAACAUGCAAGUUGUCUCUCUUUUUGUAUCGUCUCGUCUAAUGACCACCCUAAGUUGAUGUCAGAUUAAGGCCAUUUUGGGAUAGGAAUUGUAUAAGAAAUAGAAGAAACGAAAUCCUUAAAAAAAAGGUCUCUUGUAUUUAUUAAGGCAUGGCAUAUUUGAGGGAGAAGAUGAAUCAAUAUGGAUUUCCGAUCAAAUGCAGUAGCUUGAAAGGUUUAUUUGGAAUGAGUAACCGUUAUUACUUUCCUCAUUUAAAUUACUAAAUAAUAAACUUACGUAUGGUGUCUUUAAUAAGACUCAUUGAACCACUCGUUCACCUCAAACUAGAAAAAAAAAAUUCAAUUCAAUUCGUACAACAAGUCUAAGGAAUUUUUUAAAUAGACAUUAUAUGCAAAGAAACUUUUAAAACUUAGUACCAAAAAUUGAAUUGAUGUGAAAAUUAAAAAAGGAAAUUGUUUUAAAAGCACUAGAGACAGGAUCUUCCCGAUGCAUUUGGAAAGUAAAUUAUAUUGCCAAACAAAUAUUUCAAUAUUCAUUAAAAAAUUCGAAGCUUAAGAGGCGGGAGGCCCGCUAGAGGCAUUAGGUCCCCUAGAGGCGUGAGGCCCCUUGAGGCGUUAGGUUCCCUAGAACCUUGGGUCUCUCUAGAGCCGUGAGGCUCCUUAGAGCUGCGAGGCCCCUCUAGAGCCGAGAGGCCUCCUACAGGCAUGAGGACCCCCUAGAGGCGUGACCACGCCUUAAGACGGAAAUGAUCUGGGGUACUGGGCGUGUCCGACAAGGCGUCAUGAGUUUAAAAUUAACAUAAUUUCUAUGAAUGAAGACUGUGCCGAGCUAUCUGUAUCUGCAUAAUCUCACAUGAAUCUGACAGUCAAUACCAACAAUUCAGUUUUUAUUUUCGAAAAAGAAUGAACUAUUCGUAAUCAACAAUUUAGAAUAAUAUGUUUUUAAAAUGAAUUUCUUUAACAAUUGAUCCAGAAAUGUGACCAGAAAACAAUUAACAAGCUUUUCGGUUUUAGCGAUCACAAUUAUUUAAACAAAAAAACAAGAGAAAAAUAAAUUAAUUUAAAAAAAAAAAACCAGCUAAAAUAUUAGUCGAUACUGUCGUAAAGCCAAACUCACACAAAACUUCAAUUAAUAUCGUCGUCAAGCCACACUCAUAUAAAUAUUAUAGAGCAUUCUGCAUGUUCAAAUCAGAAUGUCAUUUGAACCAAGUAUUGAGAGCUGGGAGAGCAAACGUGACGAGUGUAGAAACAAGACGUUGAUGUCCAAAUACAUAAUCAUGAACUGUCCGUGACGUUGAAUAGAGAACUGUGUUUUAUUUUCAAAGUGCCCCGUAUUAUUUCUCUUGACGAAAAUUGAUCCUUGCUUCAAUCGGCUCAUUUUUAUAAAGGGUUCUUUCUCUUUGAUGUUAAAGUAUAGAACAAACAUUUAACCUGCUCUUUUACAUUUCUACGAUUUUGAGUCUUUUAUUUUAUCUUGUGAAGUCCACAUAUCAUGAAAAUAACUGUUUAAAUCUUUUUUGACACAUUUUCAUUUUCUGUCUUUUGAGAGUCUUAUUUUCUGUCCCGAUUUUCUAUAAUUGAGUACACCCCGAACUGAAAGUAGGCUGACGAUCUACUCUGAAACCCUUUUUCUGUCCGUGUCCGACUUUUCCAGGUGAGAGCGGACGAGUUUAACUCUCCUGUGAGCCCAAGGCAGAACUACUACAUCCCGACCGAUCAAGUCAGGCCGCCCUCAAGAGACCGUCAAUAUGCCAACUAUGUAAGUGUGGCGGCGUUGAGAACAGUGCUGAAAUAUUUUUUAUUAAUGUUUCUUAUAUCUGUGCAAGACCGAUGAGCAAAGAAUCCUCUUUGGAUGAGAGAUAUCUUAGAGAUCUCUCACAAUGCAUCACGAUACCUAUGUCGGUAUGUGAGAAAUUCUUACAUCGAUUUAAUAAACUUACAUUAUGCUUAUUGAGAUCUUGAUGACGUCAUUUUUAAAAAAAAUACCUCUAAAUUAAAGUUUUAAUGAAUUUUCAAUUAUUAUAAAGAUAAAGAUUAUUUAUUAUCAUACUUAAUUUUUUUUUUUUUACAAAAAGUAUUACAGGCGAACCCGGUUAUGUCGACGGCUCCGGGGUUUUCCAAAAAACGUCGAGAUAACCGAUGACCGAGAUAAAUGAAAACCAAUAUGGAGGCAAUAUAUAAACAUGUGCUUGAAAUUUCUGUAUGUACACCAUGAGUGUUUAUAAAUGAGAAUAACCAACCGCGUCACCACGAUAUUUUUUUAUGAAGCGAUCGGCAUGCUAUAUAAUAUACAUAGCUGUUCGUUAGCAACACAAGGCAUAUAUGGGGUGCCACUUUUUUUGGAUAAUCCCGGAAUUCCUGAUUCGUGAGGCCUAAUAUUUUUCAGCUCCAAAUUCGCAAGUUUUUAUUUUGCCUCGCUCAGAAUUCGCUAGUUCAGUUUAUUCAAGUACGGAUUCUGGGUUAAAAAAAAAAAUUAAAAAAAUCAACGUGUUAGACUACGUGAAAGCCUCUUAAGUGGCAAGCGGGCUCGCUAUCAAUAAAACAGGUCCUGCGACCUCUGACUUUUCUUUGCUAGCCGCUCACUCCCCGCUUCUUGCUGUGUCAAGUUAAUUGCGCGGACAACGAUUGUGUCAUUACAUGUCAACUACAGUUUCAAGUAGGCGCGUAUCUUUUUUAAAUUAUACUAUCCUGACUGAUUCCCCUCCUCUGACCGAUAAACGAUCUUGCCGGCUGCCGUCCAUGGUUUGCCUUGUAAAAGUUAUGUGGUGGGGUGGGUGAAUAUACAUUGCUGUUCUUUAUUUCAUAAAUGUAUUAUUUAUGUAAAUUUUUUAUGUACAGCGCUAUACAAGACCUCUUAUUAUGCAUUAUCGGCAUCCUUCUGUCUCGUGAGACGAUGGUGCAUCACCGUUGGGUUGGGUUGCAUUUUCCCGAGUGGCUGUGCAGUCCUAUCCUUGAGUGACAGUCUUUACCACAGUUUUUACACACGAGUUCUGUGCUUCCAAAUGUUUUGGCCUUUCUCCUAGCUCUUCUGUCUGCAGCCUCUUCCAUUCUUCGCUCCUCGGCUACCAUGACGCCCUCUUUGACAACUGUGCGCCACGUAGAUCGGUCUUUUGCCUUACACUCCCAGUCACUUGUAUGUAUUUUGGCUGCUUUCAUGUCCCUUUGACAGACAUCUUUAAAUCGCAGACGUGGGCGACCUGUUUUCCUCUUUCCCGAAGCAAGUUCACCAUAUAGGAGGUCUUUCGGAAUGCGGCCGGGACUCAUUCUUUUAACAUGACCUAGCCAUCUCAGGCGUCUUUCACUAAGGAUUGUGAACAUGCUUUGGGUAUUCGCACGCAUUAGGACCUCACUAUUAGUCACUUUUUCUUGCCAUUUAAUACCAAGGAUGCGACGCAGGCAUCUCAUAUGGAAGCUAUUAAGCUUGCGCUCUUGGGAUGCAUAGGUGGUCCAUGUCUCGCUCCCGUAUAGUAGUGUACUGAUGACACAAGCUCGAUAGACGCACAGUUUGGUUUUCUCCGUUAGCUUGGUGUUUUGCCAGACCCGUUUAUUAAGACCUCUUCUUAUUAUUAUUAUUAUUAUACAGUUUUCAAAAGCCGGCGAUUAAUCAUUGGGAUCGAGAUAACCGGGGUUAGGUUGCAAAUUUUGGCCGCCUUUUGUGCUAGAGAUAUCAGGGUUCGGGGACAUAAAAGAAUCGACAUAACCGAGGAGAAAAUACUAAGACAAAGAGUGAAUUUGGUGGUCCCACUUAAAAACGUCUACAUUACAGGUUUGGUGAGUUAACUGUGUUCGUGAUAAAUGGGUUCGACGGUAUUUGAAUUUCAAAUUUGCUUGGAUGUUUACAUUUUUUUAUUUUGAUACUCUUUAUUGAAUGUUUUAAAAUUUACUUUGUUUUAGGUUACUCCCCCCAACGAUUAUUAUAACACCCCUUUGAACUCAAGGCAAAGUCCAAAUGAUCUAUGGAGGACCCCUUCACGAGAUCGGUCCUAUGGAACCUAU